CCUCUUUUUCUUACCUGGUAAAACCUCGCCAUGAAAACGAGAUUAUAGAAUUGUUAGCCGGUGUUUUUGUUUUAUUUAUUGGCUAUUUUACACGUAAGAGUUAAAACGGAAUAAACAUACGUGAAAAAUUUAGCGCUAACAAGUUAUGUCAAUAAAUAACGAAUUUUUGUGAAGAAAAAAAACAGCAUAUAGUCAUCUUUAAAAAAAAAACAAGACAAAAAAUUGAUUUAAGCGAUCAGAGUAAGGAUUUGAAAUUUCCAUUAGAAUUUACAUUGAAUCGAAAACAGUAACAGUAUAAUCAAAAAAGGUAUAUGUUUCACGAAAGCAAACUAAAUCCAAAAUGGUAGCCAGCCCCAACGUGACAGACUUUAAAGACGGAUCAUAUGCAUAUCCUACAGAGCAUAUAACUAACUUUGACACUAAAGAUAUAUUACUGGUAUUUUCGUUCUGUUUUAUAUUCACAGUUGGUGUAGCGGGAAACUCUCUAGUUAUUUAUUUAUUGAAGUUUAAAAAUUCAAGAGCGUUAACAACGACGGAAACUCUGAUUUACUACCUUGCCGUCGCCGAUCUAAUGUCUAGCAUAUUCAACCCGAUCAUGUUCAUAUACUGGACACUUACUUUUCAUAAAGCGUGGCAUUUCGCGGAAAUCGGUUGCAAAAUAUUACCAAGUGCCACAAGAGUUACUGUCAGUUUUUCUAUUGGCAUCAUUCUAAUCAUUACACUUGACCGGUGCCGUUUAAUUUGUCAACCUUUUGAGAAACAGCUGAAAAGCUUUCAACUACACGUAGCCGUAAUCCUUGCGUUAAUUUUGUCCAUCGUAUUUGAAUUACCUUAUCCGAUUUAUCAGGAAAUUGAUCCAAAAAGUACGUGCCAAGUUCCCGAUUCGGCAAUACCGGGAUUUGCCUAUCCAAUAGUGACGAUAUACAUUUUAAGAGAUACUUUUUUCAUCGGAAUCUUUUCGGUUACCGUGUUUUUUAUACGAAGAGGUUUAUACGACAGCGAAAAAAUACACACUUUGCAACAACAGUCAGAACUUUAUAAGCUCAAAAGAGUUGUCAUUAUGUUAAUUACCAUGGCAACUAUUUUCACGCUUUUAGUCUUCCCGCGUGAUAUUUUACACGUGACAUUUAUCAUAUCUUGGCUCUCUCCUCCUGGACUGCCUUACACGAAAGCUUUUCUAGACACAAACAGUUUCUUGAAGUUCCUUCAUAUGUGCAACUGUAUAUGCAAUCCGUUUAUCUAUGCAAGAUUACAUGGAAAAUUUCGAAGAAGGCUAGUUCGUAUGGUUAGGAGAUUGCUUCAAAGAGAAGAUUACGACACUAUAGCAGAAGAGAGAACUUUUAUAUCCUUUGAUUUUGUCCAAUCAAUGUACCCUAAAUCACGUGACACAAAGAUGUCUCCUAGUGGACCAAUUCAAUUUCGGUUAACCAGAAUGAGUGCUAAUUUAGCGAAAAAGAAAUGUUGCCACAGAAAAGGCGGCAAAAUAAUGAGAACAGUUAGUUACUACGCAAACUGUAAUGAGAAAGUUACGUCGAUAUAAACAAGCUAGUUUUUGGUGCUUAGUUCCAUUAGCGCUUAUCUGACGGCUUUUGGAGAGUUGCCUGUUUUAAUCAUUGAGCAAAACAGAUUUAUUGUUGUCUUAGGCAAAAUCUAGAUAAGCCAUCAUCAAUCAUUUUAGCUCAAAGGAACGAGAAUGCUCACAUCGAGAUGACUUUAAGAUGUCAAGUUAUGGGUAAAAAAAUCAAUAAAGUAAUGUAUCAUUUGAAAGUACUUGUAAAUAUAUUAUAUCUUUAUGCACACUGGAAAGGGCUAGAGAAAAUGAGAAUAGUUGUUAUUUUAAAAAAAUAAAUACUUAAAGUACAGUA